GCGAUAUAGCGUUUUCCUUUCUUUGUGGCUGCCGCUGCCUUUGACGCCUGGCGAGCUGAUGGACCGGAUUUGGCCUGUAGCCCCUUCGUCCUUCCCUGUGCCAUGGCAGUAAAAAGUUGAGAAUGACAAGUCACACGUUACAUCCACGUGGCGUUGUGAUCCCGCCGUUCACCGAGUCCGACUUGGCAACCACAAUCUCUGCGUUAUAUCACUUCCAGGUGGGCAUGUUUUCGUCCCGCAUGCUAUGCCUGCAGCGAGCAGCCCGUCUGCAGGGAAUUCGAACAUACCACAGUAUUACUCCGCUGCCUAACAAGGUCGUCGUCGCCUCUGGUCUUCCAGGUUACAGUGCGGUGUCGGGUCAUGUAGCUACGGUCUUUGGAUGCACUGGAUUUUUGGGAAGAUAUCUCGUGUCCAAGCUUGGAAAACUCGGCACCCAGGUGGUUGUUCCAUACCGUGAUGAGGACGAAAAGAGGCGUCUGAAACCCAUGGGUGAUCUAGGACAAAUUGUGCCUAUGGAAUGGGAUAUCCGUAAUGAGUCCCAAAUAGCCGAGUGUGUAAGGCAUUCGACCGUUGUAUACAAUCUUGUUGGACGUGACUAUGAAACCAAAAACUUUGACUUCUCGUCGGUCCACAUCGAGGGCGCUGAACGGAUCGCAAAGCUCGCAGCGGAGUCUGGUGUUCCACGCUUCGUCCAUGUCUCGCAUCUUAACGCCUCGGCUUCUUCACCGUCCAAAUUGUACCAGGCCAAGGCAGAAGGAGAACAACGUGUGAAAGCGGCAUUCAAGGAUGUUACUAUUGUUAGGCCUUCGGCCAUGUAUGGAUACGAAGAUAAGCUAUUGAAUAAUAUCGCUAUCUGGCCCAUCUGGUGGAAGUUGAACAAUGCCGAAACCCAAGUCAGGCCGGUGCACGUCAUCGAUGUUGCACAAGCUCUCGCUACCCUUAUGACAGUACCCCAUUCACCUGGAACUCUCAACCUUCCCGGUCCAUCCACGCUCACAUACGAUUAUCUGCUGGAUCUCGUGUCUUCUGUAACGCUUCAGCCACCGUCUAAAGCUCCCACAAUUCCCAAAGCAGUGGCGACCCUUUUGGCCAGAGUUGCUUCGCAGUCAGUGUGGUGGCCAACACUCAGUCCGGAUGAAGUGGUAAGAAGGUACAUUAAUGACGCUGAAUUGCCGGGUAAUUGGGAUCUUGUCGGUAUUACUCCGUCAGAGAUUGAGCAUCAUGCCAUCACAUACCUAAGGCGGUAUCGCUCUGCAGAUAACUUCACGCGGCCGAUUCUCUUUCCUCCUAGGCCAGAUACUGUCCAGGAGAACUGAGUGGUUAUGUUUACCCACCAUUUAGAAGAAAUAAAUAAAUCUUGUCCUCUGAAUAUCCUUUCCGCUUUGAUGUAAAGAGUGAUGCUUUCUACGUUGGAAUACUUUCAUAAAUGUGUGUAUACCGAUGGAGUGGUGGGGGGAAGAAUACGUUACAGACAGAAAACGGUGUAAUUACGAGGCGUAAGUCGUUAAUGUGUGCAAUCCUGAGUGAUAAAUACAAUCUA